AUGCCUCUCCGCAAUCGGUCACUCGGGCGCGAUGUCCAUAUCUACGAUGCCAAAGAUCCCGCUGCAACACUUGGUGGUUUGAUCCUCACGAAUGGCGUCACAAAUAACAACUUUUACUCCAUGGUGGAAAUCCUUGUCCUCUUUGCAAGCAGCUUCGAACUACAAGAUGGAGAUGAUACCAAGAUUGAGAAGAAUGAUGACCCGCUUCGGUCUGGGAAGUACUACAUUCAUGCGCCAAAUUCUUUCUCAAUUUAUGACGAGGCUUGGCUAGUUCGUACUAUAUCAAAUGCCAGCGGGACUCGCGUCCAGUCAUUCCGCGAUGCCGUUCGCAAACGAGACGGCCGAUGCGUUAUAUCUGGGAACGUGGCAGUUAUGGCACAAUUCGACGUUUGGGAUGGCUUUCAGGCUGCGCAUGUCUUCCCGAUAGCCUACGAAGGUCAUUGGAAGGAUCAUGGAUACGACCGCUGGAUUACCAUUCAACCUGAUAACGGCGGAGCCAUUAACUCGGUACAAAACGGCAUGCUGCUUCGGAACGACAUACACCAUCUGUUUGACACCUACAACCUCUCGAUUAACCCUGAUGAUAAUUAUAAGAUUGUGUUCUUUGCCCUUGAUGCAUAUGGUCUCGCUGGCAAACAUCUUGACCAAAUCUUCAUCAAUGACCCCCAACGACCUGUCGAUCAGCUUCUGCGAUGGCACUUCAGGCAGGCGGUCCUGGCAAACAUGAGAGGUGCUGGAGAGCCCCGGUUCGAGCAUGAUUUUCCGCCUGGCUCUGAUAUUGUUGGUGACAUUCUCAAUGGUCCAAAGCCUGCUGAAAGAAUGGAGUUUGAGCUGUUCAGUCGCCUGGUAGCUUAG